CACACAUUGAUAAGAAAAUCCUGCUUUCGAAAUAACUGAUAAAGUUUACCUUAAUGAACCUAAAUACAUCAUGGCCAAAGAUUCGGGUUUAAUUGUGUUCUUUUCUUCUAGUAGAUAUCAUCCUUUACAAUCACUUUAAAUCAUAAUGAAGCUCUUUUUGGUGGUUUUGUUGAUUGCCGUUCAUACAGUGUCUACUAAUGAUGCUAUUGUCAGGAAAGGUGAACGCUUCACACCGAAUUCGAUAAUGCGACAUUUAUUCGAAAUGUUGAGAAAUGUUAUUAGAAAGGGCGACUCCGAUAAAAAUAUCCAACCAACUGAUCCUUAUAAGUUUCCGUAUGCGGAAUUCUACUUUCGAGAAACUUUCCUAAGACUACAAGCAAACAUAAGUCAUGGAAUUAUCAAUGGCUUGGGCGAUUUUGAAGUUCUAAAAUCAGAUUUUAUCAAGGAAGCAGUUGCUGUUGAUUUGGACAUUACUUUUCCUUUUUUAAACUUUGAAGCCGAACAUUAUGAAAUGGAAGGAAGUCUAUUUCACGAUGCUUUCCCAUUAUCUGGAAUGGGACUUUUACAAUUUACUAUCCAUAAUCUAAACUUUUGUAGCAAAGUUUAUUUGAAACAAUCAGAAGACGAGAAAGCAAUAUUAAUUGACAGAUUUGAAAAUCCUUACUUCUCAAUAGAGCAAAUUACUAGCCGUACACAGUUCGACGACAACUUCGACGACAUUUUCAACGCCAUGAUCGAGGAUCUUCUGGCGGAUUACCUAACUCGCUUCAGCGGGUACCUUGCGUCGUCUUAUGGCAGCUAUCUCAUAGGCAUCCUGAAUAAAUAUUUCAUGCACUUCGAGUCUUGGAGAAUUAUUACCGUUAUUCUUUGAAAAUAACACGUAGCUAUUUAUUUGUAACUGAAAGCGUGUAAAUCAUGUAUAAACAUGUUGCGUGUAUUUUAUACCUCAUAUUUCAAAUCAGGUUGUAAA